AAAAAAAAAGGGAGAGGGAGUAGAGUAGAGGAGGUGGAGGGAGGCAGACGGAGGAGAGGCAUGAAGAACAUCCCCUGCAUCUAAGCCGAGGAAACGGGAAGAGCAUCCCCUUCUUCCCUCGUUCGUCGGGGGGGAUCGACUGGAAGCGGUGCUGAGGACAGGAUGGAGGAGAAGAAGCAGUUUCUUUGUGGGGUGGUGGAAGGUUUCUAUGGAAGGCCCUGGUCUAUGGAUCAGAGGAGGGUUCUCUUCCAAUGGAUGCAGGGCUGGGGGCUGAACACCUACCUGUACGGACCAAAAGAUGACCUGAAACACAGACUGCUGUGGAGAGAAGUCUAUUCCCCCGAAGAGGAGGGUCAGCUGCGCACUCUCAUAGCAGAGGCCCAGUCAAGAGGCCUAAAGUUUGUUUACGCGCUGUCUCCUGGACAGGACAUCGUCUUUUCUUCUUCCUGCGACAUGACGCUACUCAAACGGAAGCUGAGACAGGUGUCAGACCUGGGUUGCCAGGCGUUUGCCAUUCUGUUCGAUGACAUCGACCACUCCAUGUGUCAGGCCGACAGCGAGGCCUUCGCUUCCUUCGCCCAUGCUCAGGUCACAGUAACCAAUGAGAUGUAUCGGUUCCUAGGGGAACCACCCGUCUUCCUGUUCUGCCCCACAGAGUACUGUGGUUCUCUGUGUUCUCCCAGUGUAUCCAAGUCUCCUUACCUGCAAACUGUUGGGGAGGACCUACUGCCAGACAUAAAUGUAAUAUGGACAGGCAGCAAGGUCAUCUCCAGGAAACUGUCAGCGGACUGCCUGGCGGAGGUGGAGUCCGUGCUCCAGCGGCCCCCGCUCAUUUGGGACAACCUGCACGCCAACGACUACGACUCCAGGCGCCUCUUCCUGGGGCCCUUCAAGGGCCGGGAGCCUCAGCUGCGGAGCCAGCUCAGGGGCCUGCUGCUCAACCCCAACUGCGAGUUCGAAGCCAACUACAUCCCUCUGCACACGCUGGGAAGCUGGUACAGAGCUGGAGGAGAGGAGACGAAAGAUGAGGAGUACUGUCCUGACAGAGCUCUGUCUGCUGCGCUGCACGACUGGAUGGAAGAACUCAACCAACCGCUACAAGCAGGUCGUCAAAACCCUCGGACGGACCAGCGAGCCUCUGCGCCAGCGUCCCGCUGCAAGACUCCUGACAGGUCUGAAUGCUCUUCCACAUUCAGAGGGACGACCGCCGUGGCCAAACUCCCCGUCUUCCCCUUGAAUUCCGGCUCCCCUCCUCCGUCGCCCACCAAAGCCAAGGGGGAGAGGGAGGGGGAGGGACGGGAGGGGGAGAGAAAGCGGCCAAACCAGCCUGGCCAGCCGGCCAACCAGCAGGCCCAGGGCUCGGGGGGAGGCCGGGGGCAGAAGGCCCAGGGUCGGGGCCACUGCGGCGGGAAGGGGAUGCUGAGCGAGUCCCAGGUGCGGCUCCUCGUCGGCCUCUACUACCUCCCCCACGAGCACGGACCCUCGGCCCAGAAGCUGCUGCAGGACCUCACCUGGCUGAAGAGCAACUGCCACGCGGUCGGCGCCAACAGCAAGAAGGCGGCGCCUCAGAAGGUGGACGAGUGGCGCGGGCGGGCCUCCAGGUUCCUGUCUCUGUGCGAGGACAUAGCACAGCUCCACUGCAGCGUCGUGGGCGGAGCCAACAGGGCGGUGCUUUACGACCUUUACCCUUACGUGUGGGACCUGAGGAACACGGCUCUGGUGGCCAAGGCCUUCAUAUGCUGGCUGGAUGGACGAGUGCUGAGUGACAGCUCCACCCUGGGCUCCUGGAGGAACUGCUUCCACUGGUGCGGGAAGACGACGGGAGCCGACCUGCUGGGCGUGGACUCGGAGCCGUGGGUCUUCAAAGGGGGCGUGUCCGGGGAGGUGCAGAUGCUCCUCCCGAUAGGCGGCAGCAGUGAGCUCUUCACCCACCCUCCUCCCCUCUUCCCCACCUCUCGUCUCUACAACGUCCGGCCGUACCACGGCAAAGACAAGGUGGAGCUUUACCGAAUGGUCCGUCAGCUUCACCUGAGGACUCAGGGCGGCCAGGAGUCCAGUACUGCUCAUCCAGAUGUUGUAGGAGACAGAUGUCUUGGGCCGUGCCUGGCGCUGUGCCCCGAGUACACCUUCAUCCUGGAGGACGAGCUGGGCGUCUGCGGGUGCGUGCUGGGCGUCCUGGACGUCCGCUCCUUCGCCAAGCGUUGCCAGGCGACCUGGAUCCCCGCCAUGAGGGACAAGUACCCUCCCAAAGUGCACCACGCGCCCAACGCGCAGGACCUGAUCCAGCUCAUGGAGGAGGACCAGGGCGAGUACCCGGACUCGCUGCUCUAUCACUUCCCCUCUCAGCUGCGGCUGGACGCGCUGCCCGAGCUGGUGGACGUCAGCGUCAGCCGCACCCUCCUCACUGCCCUGCUGGCUGCGCUCAAGGCCAACGGUUCUCAGGGUGUGUUUUGCGAGGUGCAGCCCACAGACCGUCAGAGACUGGAGUUCUUGACCAAACUGGGCUUCCUGGAGAUCCUCAGAGGAGAAGCCCGGAGCAGAGAAGGGGUGGUGCUGGGACGGCUGCUCUGAGCGGAAGAAAAAAAAGAGAAAAGCAAAAAAAACAAAAAACAGGAGCGUUCACUUGGUCACAAAAAAACAAAACACUUGCACUUAUACAGUUCAUACACAAAGGCGUUUACACACAGAGAAAGAUGUCCGAGGAGGUGCAGCAUCGAGAGAACAAAGGGGAAGCUCAUUUUCCCUUAUUUUAUAUAUAUUUUUUUUUUGAAGAGAGGAAACCUAUUUUGAGGCAAUAUCCUGGGCUCCUAUAAGUCUGUGUGGCAGUAAUGAGGAUAAACAUGAAGUUUACCUAGAGAGUGGGCUGAGGUGGGAGCAGAGCGCUAGAUCCCAGGACUGACUGUGUGACUGGUGGUAAACGAUUAUCAUCCGGCUUUACUGGUCCUCUCACCUCUCGGGAGUUUUUUCUUCAUUCUUAUUUGAUCGCUUGUUUCUUAAUACUCGUGCAACAACUUCAGCGGUUUCAUUCACUCAACAGGAGACGAUUAAGAAGUUUAUCGGAGUAAUAAAAGCUAAUGACAUUGAAUAUUAUGAAGCAGAGCCAGAGUCGCUGGUGGCAGAGAACACGGCGCCCUGGAGAACAUGACGUGAGAGUAGAGUUACAGAACAGCAGUCAGGUUAAAGGAGCAGGGACUUGGUGCCGAAAACAGAUCAUAGGACAAGAGUGGUGAACAUACCAGGUGGAAGUGACCGAGUUGGCUGAAUAGUAACGUAUUAAACGCGUUGGAAAAGGGUUUCGGAUCAAAUCAGUUGACGGCUUCUCACGCUGGACCAGACUCAGGGUUUCACCCGCUCUUCAGUUUGUUUAGGUCAGUGACCUGUUCUGAAAGAAGGACGUCGAAAAACCUACAAACGUACAAAAAUGAAACCAAUAAAAUAAAUAAAAUCCAGCUUUUUCCAUCACAGUUUUAACUAAAUGCUUAUUUUUUUCUUGCAAUAAAUCAAGUAGUAAACUGAACCUUUACUGUAAAUUCUACUAAUAUUAAAAUCCAAAUUUAAAAUCUUUAAUGUAUAAAAACAGAACAUUUGUUUAAAAUUAGUUACAUAAAAAUUUACAGAAAAUUUUCAGUUUAAAUACUUAAAAAAAAUGAGUAUUCAGUUAAAAUUGUGAUGGAAAAAGCUGGAUCGUGUUUACAUCGGUUUCGUUUUUGUACGUUUGUAGGUUUUUCAACCUUUCGUAACCGGUUACUAAAUAAAGUGAAGUGUGGUCAAGUGUGGAUGUUGCCAUGGCGUCGUAAAGACACAAUCUUUUUUUUUUUUUUUUUUUUUAGAGCGCUGCAUUUGCCGCCUGAACCUGAUCCAUCAAAUACAAAUCUUCAAGUUAAAAACUUUUGGGGAGUUUUGCGUUUGUUGGACAAGUAUAGUAGCGUCACAAAUGAGAAUCUCAUCAUUUCUGAGGUUUCUUUUCUGUUUCUCCUUGUUCCCAGUCUUUGUGCUAAGCUAAGCUAAAGUGUCACACUGUUCUCCUGUGGUUGAUCUUGAACUCUGCUCCCUCUGCGUUUUUAUUUUUUUGUUUUUUCUGAAGUUUUAUUGUUUUCUAGCUACUAAACGGACAAGACCCCGGCGGCAUCUCUGUUUACACUCGCUUAUUUUAGAUGAAUGUUUACAUGCACGGAGAACGCGCCGUCCACGGAGUAGGUUCACACGUGUAGCGACACGGACACAGACAAAAGACAUCAUUUUAGGAGCAUGCUCUAACACGGCAACGCAAGUCAGGAUUUCUUUUAUCGGGGCUUUUCUCAGCCAUUCUUCAAGCUGUAACCACUUAGGAACAUAACAAAUAGAAUCCAGAUGCAUGCUAUGAAGUUCAUGAGAAAUAAAACACACACACAUUUAUCUGAAGUUUACACUUCAUUCAGUUGGACUUUACAGAUACCUCGGCCUCGUUCAACAUCACAGUCAGAUGUAGUGAGAUGCGCUGGUGAGCGGCUGAUGUGUGUGUGUGUGUGUCGAAUAUAAAGACUAAGCUGUGUCAUUCUGCCUUUACUCAAUAAAACACAAACACACACAAAGCCACUCGCCGCCCACAGAUACACACUCUCACACGAUGAUGCUGAAACACACACACAAAAAAAAGAAAAGCACAACAGCACUCACAAUCAAAUAAACAGGAAGUAUGUAGAACCAUGAAUGUUAAUUUUUUGUAACCUAAGAAAACAAGAACAACAGUUUGUGCAGGUAUUUAUAUUUCUACUUUUUAUUUAGUUUUUUUUUUUGUUGUCGUCGUCGUCGUUUUUUUACUAUCAAGCUCAAUCAAUCACAGACUGAAAGGCACUUUUGUAUCUCGUCAGCAAACUCAUCACCAUCGUCUUUGAUGUGACUUUGUGGGAACAAAAAGUAAUUUAGAUUAUUAGGUUUGGAGAAAAUAAAAAUAAAAGAAGAAGUGUGCAGACAAUAAUAGAGCAUCACAGUAGAGACGCAUGAUGAAAAGACGUAAACGCUCGUCGCAGAGUCGUCACUCGUGAGGGAAACGUUAUAUUUAUUUAUUUGUUUGUGUUUUUGACACCACGACGGCGUAAUUUAAAAAAAAAAAAAAAAAAAGGUGGUGACGGGGGAUGUACAUAAAAACUGUACACAGGCGACAUGGAGCACUGUGAAAAAAGAAAUGAUGAUAAUAAUAAUAAAAAUGAUUAUGACAGUUGCCUUUAAACGCAGAAGCAGCUGAUCACUUCCAGCUCACGAACACAUCACACGUCUGUCUCAUAGUCUGCCUGCACUGAGCUACACGUACAGUCUGUGUUUAUGACGACUUCCAGUGGAGUGAUAUCUAUCUAGUACGUCUAUGCAGGGGAAGGAAGGAGUUUAAAAAAAAAGAGAAGAAAAAGAAAAGAUAAAAAGCUGAAUUCAGUGUCUGUUUUUAUUGAAAAUAAAACUGUCAUUGUAUCAUCGUUUAAACUUUUUUUUAUUAAACUGACUUGUCGAUUUUCAUGCUUAUUAAAAGAGGUUUUUCUUUUCCCUUUAAA